CCACUCUAGAGUGUGGAGAUAGGAGGAACGGUUGAUGUGAGGCGGGGCAGGAGGAGUGUAAACAUCGCCUGUGUUCUCACUGAGGUAGUCUUCCCUCAGUGUGACUGUAGAUGUGCUCGGAGCACCGGAUUAUCCAAACAGAACGCUGCACGCGCGCGCUACCAACGCGUCACAUCUCACCAAAGUGCAUGACAGAACCAGAGCAGAGCGUUAAGAAAACACCGACAGUUACCCGUUCCUGAGUCCUCCAGGCUGACAGUUCUGGAAUCAUGCCGAAGCACGUGGAGGUAAGGAUGCACGAAAGCCACCUGGAGCCCAUCGAGGCGAGGCCAAGCUCCAAAUGGGGAACAAUAUGUCAGAAGAUGUGCAAGAACCUGCUGCUCACGCUGACUGUGAUGGGUGUGAUUUUGGGAGCUGUUUCUGGUAUGCUGCUGCGUGUGGCGUCUCCGAUCGAUGACAACAUUGUGAUGGUAAUUGCCUUCCCUGGAGAUAUUCUAAUGAGGAUGCUAAAAAUGCUCAUCCUUCCCUUAAUCAUCUCCAGCUUGAUCACAGGUCUCGCUGGCCUGGAUGCAAAGUCAAGUGGUCGUCUGGGUACCAGAGCCAUGAUUUAUUAUAUGACCACUACUAUCAUUGCUGCUGUGCUGGGGGUCAUCCUGGUGCUCCUCAUCCACCCCGGAAACCCAAAACUCAAGGAGAAUCUAGGAGAAGGAGCCCAGAAUGAUGAGGUUUCCAGUCUUGAUGCAUUUUUUGACCUUAUCAGAAACCUCUUCCCUGAGAACUUGGUUCAGGCUUGCUUCCAGCAGAUCCAGACCGUCGUGAAGAAGGUAGAAGUUCAGCCUGAUUUUGAUGACACCAACAGCACUGACUAUCUGUCCAAUGCCACUAAACCACCACCUAUUUUCAAAGACAAGAAAUCUCUCCAGUACAAGAGCGGAAUGAACGUGCUGGGUAUAAUUGGAUUCUUCAUUGCCUUUGGUAUUUGCAUGGGCAAGAUGGGAGAGAAAGCUAAGCUCAUGAUUGACUUCUUCAACAUACUCAAUGAGAUUGUGAUGAAGCUGGUUAUCAUGAUCAUGUGGUACUCUCCUUUUGGCAUCGCCUGCUUGAUCUGUGGAAAGAUCAUCUCUAUCAAAGAUCUGGAGGUGGUGGGCCGGCAGCUGGGAAUGUACAUGGUGACGGUUAUUAUUGGUCUGAUCAUCCAUGGUGCCAUAUUCCUGCCAUGCAUCUACUUUGCAAUUGUACGGAAAAACCCCUUCUCGUUCUUCAUGGGCAUCUUCCAGGCCUGGAUCACGGCUCUGGGCACAGCCUCUAGCGCUGGCACUCUGCCAGUAACGUUCCGGUGUCUUGAGGAAAACCUUGGUAUUGACAAGAGAGUUACACGUUUUGUGCUUCCUGUUGGAGCAACAAUUAACAUGGAUGGAACAGCCCUCUAUGAGGCUGUGGCUGCCAUUUUUAUUGCCCAGAUGAACGGAAUUGCUUUAGAUCCUGGUCAAAUCAUCACUGUCAGUCUUACAGCAACACUUGCCAGUGUUGGGGCAGCGAGUAUCCCCAGUGCUGGACUGGUCACCAUGUUACUCAUUCUGACAGCCGUGGGACUUCCUACUCAAGAUAUCAGUCUGCUGGUGGCUGUUGACUGGCUUCUGGAUCGUUUCCGUACCUCAGUUAAUGUGGUUGGAGACUCAUAUGGGGCUGGCAUCGUCUACCAUCUGUCCAAGGCAGAGCUGGAUGCUCUGGACGCCCAACAUGGGAAGUCUGAUGACAUGGAGAUGAUGACCAAGACCCAGUCCUACUAUGAUGACCUCAAAAACCAUCAUGAAAACAACUCCAACCAGUGCGUCUAUGCUGCUCAAAAUUCAGUUUUAUUAGAUGAUUUCAAGGUAACCAUGGCAGCCACAAACGGCUCAACCGCGGAGUACACGCUCGUUGAGGAAGAACCUUGGAAAAACGAUUAAUGCAAGCACACAGACCCCGGCACCCCAGAAGAGAGAGAAAACAACCUGUAUUCAUGCACAUAGAACAAAUGGGUUUUGUAGUUUAUUUGUAUGGUUUCUAUUCUUUUCUAACUGUUUAACAAUAUUAUAUUGUCUCAUGUAACACAAGAAUGUGAGGCCAAAAGCUCACACAUGCAGCUGACGUAAUGUUAUUAAGGCAUUUACAUAAAUUAUUUCUUAUGUGAAUUAAUAUAUAUAUAUACAUAAACUUCCAAACGUACGUAUUUUGAAAAGGGGUGAAAAAUGUGAAUUGUUCAGAGGGCGAACAGACAGAUAACAAAGCUCCUUCAGAGCCAUCACUCACUGCUGUUUAUAUGAUGGAAACCUGCUGGUCUGCCUCCAGUUCCUUUGGCCUCACGCUCAACUAUCAUGCACAACACCGUAGCACCUCUCGGCUAGCUUCUCAAAAGGCUAACACAGUGUUGCUAGGAUACAAAAGUAGGGACAGAGGCGAGCGCACACAGAUGGAAGGAAAAGCACGAGUCGCGUUUAUCUGGAGAGCCUCCUCCCCUGGAGCUGACAGCAGUGGGGGGUUUCUGUCAAGGAAACGGAUGCUAGGGUGUUUCUCGUAUGUAUGUUGGUGAAUCAGUGGCACAAUAGCACAAAAACCAUUCAGGCCAUUAUAUUUACCAUUUCAGGUCUUACAAGAGCCCUUUACGUCAUCCAGAUGUACUGAAAUAUGCAAUGCAUGCCUUACGUUUAGUUCACGAUUAAGCACAAAUUGUCUUUUUAUGUUGUACAACCAAAACAUACAGUGAACGUACGGCUGAUGGCUUCAGUGUUAAAAAUCAUCAACCUCUGAGAUGACAGAAGUGCAUCUUUCAAAAGCAUUUUUAUAUGAUUUGGUGUGGUGUGUGCUAAACCUGGACUGCCAUUAUUAAUGACUCCAUUUUGAUUAUUAAUAUGUCCAGUAUGCUGAGACCGCACAACCCAUCUAAAGUAGAUCAAUGCCUUUGCCCACAUACACUAUAUAUAUUAAAUUUGUAUUCUACGGUUGCUCUAAAGUUUUUCCUUCCACUGGUGAGAUAUAGAGGUAUAC